GUAGUGAAAGAUAAAAGAGGAUAGGAUCGAUUUCUUCCGUCCCGACGAUUCGCAGAUUUUACAUUCUGAUUUUGGACGAUUUUGGUAGAAGCUAUUUUCACGGAAUCGGACUCCAACCGAAGUGUUUGAGUGGCAGAAGCCGAUUCCCACGGUCGGAAUCUGGCAAGCCGAAACAAACAGGCUGACUGGGUUGGCUUCCGGUUUCGGCGAUGGAGUGCGCGGCGAAGGGACUGGCCGCGGAGCCGUGCGCCGGCGGCGUCGCCGAUCGGCGGUGCGGCGGCUGCGGAGCCGUCGCCUACUGCUCCCGCGUCCACCAGAUUAUACAUUGGAGGGUUCACAAAGAAGAAUGUGAAAGGUUUGCAGAACAAAUGAGGCACAUCAAUGCGCUGAGCCAGUUUCCAUUCACAUUCUUGGAACCUCCUGCUCUGAACCAUGAAUUCCCAAGUGCAAGGUGCUUAUUUUUGCAAUCAAUCAAACUUCACCAAAAAGGACUCUGGAAAUCUGAAUGUAUAUGUGGCCGAGAUGUUGCUCCUUUGAAGGGCUUAAGCGUAGAAGCUGAAUGGAACUUGCAAAGCUCCCUCUGCCCUUGUGCAGAGCCUAAAAAUCCUGUGUCUUCGGCCCUGGCAAGCUGGGAAGCAUAUUAUCAGUGGAGAUCCCUUCCCCUGCAUUCACCUGUUGCUGUUUUACUUCAUUGGCCACUUACUCUAUAUCAUUGUGUUCAACUCUCUCGGACCCAAACUCCAAGAUAUGAUGGUCAGGACACCCUAUGCAUUCACUAUUUAGGGCCUGAGAAGGAGCUACUUCAGCUUGCAGCGUUUGGGGAACUACGUGCAUUGUUUCCAAGUGUCCAGAUUCACAUUGAGCUUGUCGGACCAGAAGUUCCAAAGUCCAGGGAUGGAGAGGUUGUGAACAUUUCCAGAUAUGCAUGUUGUUCUGAUAAGAGUUGCUGUUGUAAAUCUUCUAUUGGUUCCAAAGACUUGAGUUGCACUGCAGUGACACUCAAACUGUGGAAAGGUUUCUAUCAUGAGAGAUGCAGUGAUAUAUUGAAGGAAAUGAUAAGGCAGACUGGGAUUCCUGCAAUCUUUACGGACUUCUGUGAAGAAGCUGCACAUCUAGCAUCCUGCUGCAUAAGCUCCAUAACUGGUCAACCCCUUAAAAUUCCAAUCCAGGUAAAUCCUUUCAGGCAGCCAGUUGCAGCGGAAAACAAUGCAUUAUACGUACCAUGUUAUUCAAAUUGCUUUGUUUUUGGGAUGUAAAAUUGCCCUGUCACCAGGAAGUAUAUUUAGAGAUUGAUUUGUCAAGAAAUGGAAUGUGAAUUUUCAAAGAAGACAAGGGUGCCAUUCCUAGAACAUCUGAGAUGGGAGGUUUUUAUUUCUGAGAGAUGAUGGAAUUAGGAUUUAAUGUUGGUACACUUAGAAUUUGAGAAGACAAGUUGCACAAAUCAAGAGGAACACUGGAAGGGCUAGGAAUAGCAUGUGUACAAGCCGACUAGGAGAAAAUGUAUUUUAUUUGAACCUCUGAAAAUAUUUAGAUACUGCAAUUGUAAGAUUUUCGCAUCAACCGAUUCUUGAAAUACACUUUUUCAUAAUUGGGAGAUGUAUAUGUUUUCUUAUGGUGGAGCUACAUAUUAUCUAA